AUGCUGCUUGUAAACGUGCCUAUUUAUUGGGGUGCCUCCCAUUUUAACGAAUUGCCAUUCUUUGUGAUCCGUCAAUGGGACAAGUAUUAUCCUCAAUAUUGCUUGUUUCAUGCAUACGGGCAACGGUACGAAAGUAUAUCGAUAUGUUUAUACCUCGAGGACGAACUGGCAGAUGGACGACCGCGUGUUGUGAUGGUGGUUUUGAUAGUGGUACUGCAACAAACCCAGACAAAAUGA